CCACCAUGUGGACUGACCACGUUUAGCGGAUCCGAUUGCCAGCGGACAGACCCCCCAGCCUCGGGGUGGGCCAGGUGUGAGGGCGUGGCUCUGGGCGUGGCCACUGGUGUCCCGCCACGGAGCCCAGCCAAGGUGUCUCCCUCCUCCCGCCCAGUUGCCGUGCAGACCGUCUACGUGCAGCAGCCCGUGACCUUCUUCGACCGUCCGGUCCAGAUGUGCUGCCCGUCGUGCAGCAAGAUGAUCGUGACCCAGCUGUCCUACAACGCGGGCGCCCUCACCUGGCUGUCCUGCGGGAGCCUGUGCCUGCUGGGGUGCGUGGCCGGCUGCUGCUUCAUCCCCUUCUGCGUGGACGCCCUGCAGGACGUGGACCACUACUGUCCCAACUGCAAAGCCCUCCUGGGCACCUACAAGCGCUUGUAGGACUCGGGCACCCUGGAGAGCGGGCGCCGCGCCGCAGGAGGCCACCCUGGGAGAGGCCGCCCGGCCUCCUCUCCGCAGAGUCCACCUUUGAUUCUUCUUUUGGGGGGAAAACGUCACAAAGUCCAGACCCAUAAACUGCUGCUUGGAGUCCGCCCAGGACAGGCAAAGACGGUGGCCUGGAGCUGGCUGGUCCCAGGGAGCCGCGACCCCAGGUCGUCCCGGAGGGCUGUGACCGCUGGCCGCCCGCCGUCCCUGGGUGACCUGCCACCGGCUGGCUCCUCCUCCUGCCUCAGUGGCCUUUCUGGUGGUGGCUCCGACUCCGAAGCCCGCCUGCCUUACCUGAGACGGUCCUGCCCGCUGCGCGCCCAGGGCCAGGGCCUCCCUCCCCAGGACGGGGUCCUGCCUCACGACUUCGUGGGCUUGGCUUCAGGGUCCUGGUCGCAGACCCCUUGGCCAUGGGUCACUUGAGCCCCUGCGUUUGUUGUUGUUAAGUGCAAGGAAAGGCCAUUGGCGCCCACCAGGCACACCGCGGGGCCCCAGAUGCAAAAUAAAAGACGAGGCUUUGC